CAACAAAGUGGGGAGUUGCAGAUUUACAAGGAUCUACCUGUGCUUCGGUGCUAAAAUUGACUGUAUCAUCUCAUUGAUGGAAGUCAGCAGGCUGGAUCCUUUGCAUUGUCUUGUUUCACAGCAUCUUUGACGGCGACAUUUCGUUCAUCAUCGGAAUACUUAGCGCUCAGAUCCUCUGCCUUCUUCUGGUUUUCCUCGGCAGGAUACGAUCUUGCACCAUCAGCAUCAUGGCUCAGAUGUUGACAUUAGUCCAUUGUGCGUACAGCUGAUCAUAUGAUUGUCGUCGAGGAGCGGAUAUGCACUGUCGAAGUUUAUUCGGUAGUUCUCAUAGGUUCCGCACAGCUCUCAUCUGGACGACACGGUGCGAUGCGGACCGUUGGAUGCCAACGUAGAACGAUGGUGCCUUCAAUAUUCUCUUCAAUCAACGCUAUGGCCUUCCUUUGUCGCCAUUAGCCGGUGGGUCUCUCUUCGAACAGACCAUCUGUUCAAUACAAGCGCAGGCAUUCAGAAGGCUGUUAGUCAUCGUUUGAAUCUACCUAGGUCGUCUCACUUUUCACAAGCAACCAUCAGAGCCUUGAUCUCGGUGGACUAUGCCGCCAUAUCUCCCUUAGAAGCGCCUCAGGCAACAUCCCAACACAAAUAUUAACAGGGGAAGAUAAUGAGCAUGCGGGAGAUAGGUUCUCAUCAUGUUCGCCAUGUUCAUAAACAUCACCAUCAUCUUCUCAGCGUGUCACGCGCAUCCGGACUCGAAUAUCGACCAACCCCACCCUUUGAUUGAAAUAUC